GCCCGGAGAAUCCCAGAGGCUCCUGCCGCUCGGCUCCGAAACGGUUAAGAGCAGCGGCGACAGAGCUGAGAUUCCUAGAGCGGAAGAAAAAAAAGGCUGUCGGGAGAAUAGCAGCUUCCGCUUCCUGUCCCGCUUUUGGCGGGGUGGCAGAUGCCGGUCAUGGCGGCGGCUGUCCUUCCUCGCGGAGGCGCUGCAGGAGAUGUUGAAGGGAUGCUGGCAGAAGGGGAACAUUCAGAAGUGUCACCCAAAGAAUCCAAAGAGCAAAGGAAGCUGAGGGUUCAAGAUGGAAGCCGAAGGCGAGAAGGGAGACGAAAGCAGAAGCCGGAGGGUGACUCUUGUACGUCUCAGGGUGGUGAAAAUCAAAUUCCUAGAGAGGAGAAAAAGCAUGAAUGCACCGUGUGUGGAAAGAGAUUUGGUCGUCGCUCAACUCUUACUUUACAUCAAAGAACUCAUACAGGGGAGAAACCGUAUACAUGUUUAGAGUGUGGAAAGAGCUUCAGUGAACGUGGUACCCUUACCUCGCAUCAAAGAACUCAUACAGGGGAGAAACCGUAUACAUGUUUAGAGUGUGGAAAGAGCUUCAGUGUCAGUGGUAACCUUACCUCGCAUCAAAGAACUCAUACAGGGGAGAAACCGUAUACAUGUUUAGAGUGUGGAAAGAGCUUCAGUCGAUGUGGCCAGCUUAGUACGCAUCAAAGAUCUCAUACAGGGGAGAAACCGUAUACAUGUUCAGAGUGUGGAAGGAGCUUCAGUGAGAAUGGUGCCCUUACCUCGCAUCAAAGAACUCAUACAGGGGAGAAACCGUAUAAAUGCUUGGAGUGUGGAAAGAGCUUCAGUCACUGUAGUGCCUUUAUCUUGCAUCGAAGAACUCAUACAGGAGAGAAACCGUAUACAUGUUCGGAGUGUGGAAAGAGCUUCAGUCACAUUGGUGCCCUUACCUCACAUCAAAGAUCUCAUACAGGGGAAAAACCGUAUACCUGUUCAGAGUGUGGAAGGAGCUUCAGUCGGAGUAGCACCCUUAAGUCGCAUCAAAGAACUCAUACAGGGGAGAAACCGCAUACGUGUUUGGAGUGUGGAAUGAGCUUCGCUCACCGCAAUGGGCUUGCUAGACAUCAACAAACUCAUCAAGGCAGCAAACCUUAUAAAUGCUGGGAAUGUGGCAAGAGCUUCAGUCGCAUUGACAACCUUUCCUCGCAUGAAAGGAUUCAUACAGGGGAGAAACGAUAUACAUGUUUCGAGUGUGGAAAGAGCUUCAGCUACAGUUCCAGCCUUACCUUGCAUCAAAGAACUCAUACAGGGGAGAAACCGUGUACAUGUUUAGAGUGUGGAAAAAGCUUCAGUCAGAGUAGCUCCCUUAAGUCGCAUCAACGAACUCAUACAGGGAGGAAAUCUUAGAAAUGUUUGGCGUAUGGAAAGAACUUCAGUGGCAGGGGCUCCCUUCCUAAACAAUAAAGAACUCGUACAAGGGAAACAUCUUAGAAAGGGUUGUCGUGUGGGAAGAUCUUUAAUCAUAACAAAUAACUCCUACAGAGAGUAAACCAAUGAUCGUGUUCUGGUCCCCCCAGGACAGCCAUUAUUGUAUUGGAAGAACUUUCUGACAGUAAGAGCUGUUUUGACAUUGGAACAGUCUCCCUCGGUGGGAGGUGGGCUCUCCUUCCUUGGAGGUUUUUAA